CACAACAACACAAGAAUAGCUUGAGCUUCGCAGAUAAAUGCCAGUUUUGUGAAAUUGGUGUAUCAUUUAUGAUUUUACUCGGACUCUAUGCAUAGGCUACUCUUAAACAUGGGAUAGCAGGUAUUGUCAGUUAACUGAAUUCACACCAUGGCUUCCCUGUCAUGGCUGGAGAGUCUCAGCAGCGCAGAACUUUCGCACGUACAUAUAUCUUUGCUAGUAUUCUUGCUAGUGUUUUAUGUAGUUAAGGUUAUUAAUCAGAACCGACGGGACCUUGCAAAUAUCCCGCCAGGUCCGAAGCCGUGGCCCUUAGUCGGUAACUUCGGCGGCUUUCUCAUCCCCUCUUUCAUCCGGAGGAGGUUUGGAAUGCAAUCAGACGGCACCGUCAAAAACGCUAUGGUUGUUUUAACGGAACAAGCCAACGUGUAUGGUAACGUGUACAGCCUUUUUGUAGGGAGUCAGUUGAUGGUUGUGCUUAAUGGCUAUGAAGUGGUCAAGGAUGCUCUCUCAAACCAUCCCAAGGUGUUCUCCGACAGACCAGAUAUCCCUGCUAUCACUAUCAUGACGAAACGCAAAGGAAUAGUCUUUGCACCUUAUGGGCCUGUGUGGAAAAAGCAGCGCAAAUUCUGCCACGCCACACUCCGAAACUUUGGUCUGGGGAGGUUGAGCUUGGAGCCUUGCAUCCUUCGAGGCCUGGCUAGCGUCAAGACAGAGCUGAUGCGACUGAAUGAGGGGUCGGGUGGCACUGGUGUGGACCCAGCUCCACUCAUCAGAAACGCCGUGUCAAACGUCAUCUGCUCGCUGAUCCUGGGACAGAGCUUCCAUCACGAAGACCGCCAGUUCCGUAAUAUGCUGGACCUGAUGGAUCGUGGGCUGGAGAUCUGUGUGAACAGUCCUGCAGUCCUCAUCAACAUCUUCCCACUGCUGUACUACUUUCCUUUUGGGGUCUUCAAGGAGUUGCGUCAGGUGGAAGGAGACAUCACAGUGUUUCUGAAGAGGGUUAUUGCAAAUCACCGGGAAACAUUCAAUCCUGAGCACCCGAGGGAUCUUGUCGACAUGUACUUGAAGGAGAUGUCGGUCCAGGAGGACAGCAGCUUCACAGAAGAUUAUCUCUUUUAUAUAAUAGGAGAUCUCUUCAUCGCUGGCACUGACACCACCGCUAAUUCUGUUUUGUGGAUUCUGCUCUACAUGGUCUUACACCCUGAUAUCCAAGACAGGGUCCAGGCAGAGAUUGAUGAAGUGGUGGGUACACAUCGGGACCCGUCUAUGACUGAUAAGGGAAGUUUGCCUUUCACUGAAGCCACCAUCAUGGAGGUGCAGAGACUGACUGUUGCAGUUCCUCUGGCUAUUCCUCACAUGGCCUCCAGUACAACAGAGUUCAGAGGCUACACUAUUCCCAAAGGAACCCUUAUUGUGCCCAACCUGUGGUCUGUCCAUAGAGAUCCCACUCUGUGGGACGACCCAGACAGUUUCAACCCAGGACGCUUCUUGGACGAUGAGGGAAAGUUGCUCAGGAUAGAAUGCUUUAUACCAUUCGGGAUUGGUCCCAGGGUGUGCAUGGGUGAACAGCUGGCGAAGAUGGAGCUGUUCCUGGCGGUUACCAGCUUACUGCAGGCCUUCAGAUUCAGACUGCCAGAGGGAACGCCUCCUCCUACCCUGAACGGACGAUUCGGCCUGACGCUGGCACCCUGUCCAUACACUGUGUGCGUGCACCCUCGUAGAUGAAGUGGAAUAUUUGGUUCUCACAAAUCUUCUGUAAAUCAACGAGCUUUACCAACCAAGGGUAAAGCUCUUCUGGAGAGACAAU